GGCAGCGACAGCAGCGAUACACAAAACCAAUUUGCAAUUGGCACUGGCUAAAAUCUCACUCGAUUUCUCUUUGCUUUGCAUUCGCACACAGAUAUUGCUGUAUCCGGAGGAAGGCUGGGCGCGCACCGCCUCAUCCAGCUAUUGGACCAUCACGCCCUGCUGGUGGCAGCCGAACCGUUGUCGCAUUGUCGAGUGCGCUGGCACGCAGCGGCAGGCCACCAAGGCCAGGAUGCUGCCCAUGGACCAGCAGGGCUCUCUGCUGAUUGCCGGAUACUUUCGCAGGCCGUCAAUAACAGCGACAGGCGGUGCUGCAACAGCCGCAACAAUGGCAGCAACAGCAACGCCACCAACACUGGGUGGAGGGACAACAGCAGCAGCGACAGCAGCAGGACCAGCUGCAGGAGCCAUAUUUCGAGGUGGAAGAGGGGCCGCAGCUACUGCUAGUCCAAAUAGAAACUCGCAGUCAAAGUCGAAGUCACAGCUGGCAUACAAUGAUGAGUUCAAGCUGUAUCUGACAUCGAACAUAUCGAUGGAGGAUUACAACAUGGGCUACUGUCUAACUGGAUUUGUCGAGCGUCGCUGCCAGCUGACAAACACCUUUCAAAUGACGCACUUUGCUGUUAUCAAGCGGCAAUGGCCGCCACCGCCGUCCAAGCUCACCAACUCAUAGGCAUCCAGGCAUCCAGACGCCCUGUGAUUCCUCUAGCCACGCCCAUUUAGUACGUCCCAACAUUGUAAGCUGAGUAUUUACUGUGCAUACUCUCUAUUCUCUAACCUAAACAUUAAGUAGUGAAAUUUCGCAAUGCUGUGGCCAACGUGAUAGAAGAAAAAUGAAAUACGAAAAGUGCAGCAUACUUUUCAGAACUUGUAGGAACUGCAAACGCUGGGCACUUUGUCGCCACAUUUUUUAUUUUUGCUAUACCAAUUUCUAUGUGUGUACUAGUGCGUAAUUUGUAAUUUUAACUAAAUGAUCUAAACGUGCUUAAUUCGUGUGCUUUCGAUGUUGUGCAAACAACGAACAAAAACCAAAACCAAAAC